AUGUCAACGUUACUCGACUGGGAUGGCCCGACGCCUCCUUUGCCUGCUCCAGAUCCAAACGACCAUCUCCAGUACAUGCGCCUUGCCCUUGAUCAAGCGCAGGAAUCACCGCCAAAGCCUUCAAACUUUCGAGUGGGCGCCUUAUUGGUCGAUGCAGAUACUGGCACGAUAUUAUCAAGGGGCUACACUCUAGAAUGCGAGGGCAAUACGCAUGCAGAGCAAUGCUGUCUUUUGAAGUUUGCCAAAGAACAUAAUUUGCCAGAAGAACGGGUUGGCGAAGCCCUUCCUCCAAAUACCUCCAUAUACACUACUAUGGAGCCUUGCAACCUUCGACUAAGUGGCAAUUUGCCGUGCGCAGACCGGAUCAUUCGAACCAAGGGAGCAAAUGGGGAGCAAAAAAUCAAGAGGGUCUACCUAGGCGUCAAGGAGCCAGAAAAGUUCGUUGGUGAGAAUCAGGGAAGGAAGAAGCUGGAGGAAAAUGGUGUCGAAUGUAUUCAUGUACCUGGCCUGGAGGAUCGGAUAUUGGAAGUCGCUACUGCAGGCCAUGUGCAAUAA